UGAAAAUAGCCGCAGUGUUUACAAGCUGUCUGCUGUUUUCGGAGAGGAGUGUCUGUGUCUGUGUGUCUGCCUCCGGGAAGCCUUAUUAGUGCUAUUUGGCAGGAAGAAGAUUUUGAUUCACAAAGGAGAAGAAAGAGAGAGAAGAGUAGGGGAAGUCGAAGAGAAGAAGAGGAAGAAUUGGAAAAGAAGAGAAAGUAUAGAAGAAGAGGAAGACGAAGGGAAGAGGAAAAGAAGGGAGAAGGAAUAGGAGGAUAAGGAAGAAAGGAAGGGAAAAGAAGGGGAAGUGUGAAGAUAAAGGCAAGGAGAAGGGGAGAAUAGGCGACGAAGAGGAAGAAAAGGAGAAAAGGAAUAGAAAGAAAGAAAAAAAGGCAAGGAAGAAGGAAAGUAAAGCAGGGUAGAAGGAAAGGAGAAAAAAUGGAGGAGUCGGUCUUGAAGCUUUUAGAGACAGGGAGUGACCAAGAUUUCAUUCGGCUUUUGAAGGAAUUUGCAUCGAAGUAUGAGCAGCAGUUCACCCCAGUGGGAUUAUCACAGCAAUGCACCGAGCGACUGUGGAAUGUAAUCAUGGGGCGAUUAAGCGACCCGGCAGCAAGUGUCACCCAUCAGACCUGCCUUUCUGUGAUCAGAAUACUCAGUCGAGACAAACAGUCCCUAAACAACGUGAUUGACAGCGACAGGCUUGCAGUCAUUGUGCGUCUGGCAGGUCUAGUCCCUGAGGAAGAGGCCUUGCAGCGCCUUAAUCAACAAAUUAAUUAUGAUGUGGUGACAGAGGCUCAGAAAUGUCUGAGCAACCUGCUGUACAACAGCUCGGCCAUCCAGCGCAUGUGCUGCAUAAACAGCUGCAUCCCGGGCCUCAUGUGUCGCCUGAAAACCUUCAAAGACCCAGAUCUGCCACAUCUUGUCAAGUACUUUGACAUGAGGCUGCUCUUCUUACUGACGGCUUUCUGUGGAGAUAUUAGACCACGGCUGAGGUCGGAGUACCAUGGGCUGACCUACCUGAUCGAGAUCCUUGACCUGUCGCUUAAAACGGCCCAGGAGGAGAGUGAGGUGCAGUCUGUCAACGGCUAUCUCCCCAAUCCCAUUAUUUUCAACGAUGAACAGGCAGAACUGGUUAACGAGGUUCUCAAAGUUCUGUACAACUUGGUACUUCACAUCGACAAAAACAGCCCAGACGAGGAGGAGGACAGCCACUGCUUGCGUCUUAUCAGCAUCCUACGCUAUCUUCUCCUGGCCUCCACUCGCUGCCCUGAGAAGACGGAUUCCCUGCACAGCAACACGGUCAACCUGCUACUGGUGAUGCCUCCCAAGAUGUAUGAGGAGUUGCUGUGUGAUAUGCCGCAGGCCUCUGAGUCCCCAAUGCCUCCUCCAGCCCCAACAGUGGUUACUACCCAGCCUACUGCAGGGGCAACAGCUCUCAUGGAGGCUGCCUGCUUCACUGAAGUAGACUCAGACCUAAGCAAACAGAACGAACGAUCAUGCGAGUAUGAUGGCAAAGACAUGACAGCCAUCAUUAAGCUGCUGGACUUCCUUGACUCCAGAUUGAAGUCGCCUGGCCAGUCAUCGAGCAAGAGCCUGAUGCCCAUUCUCACCCUGAUGGUGGAGAUGACGCAGGCCAAUCGCACUAUCCGCAAGUUUAUCCGGCUGCGCAUCCUGCCACCCUUAAGGGAUGUGAGCAAGAGACCAGAGGAAGGCCACACCAUCCGCAACAAGCUGUGCUCACUGAUGACCUCUCCCCUGCAUGACCUCAAGCACCUAUCGGCAAAUUUCUUGUUUAUUUUGUGCAAGGAGAGUGUUGACCGGCUGAUUAAAUACACGGGAUACGGCAAUGCAGCAGGUCUCCUUGCCUCUCGUGGCCUGAUGCUGGGAGGAAGCAAGCCAACUAUCGACUACUCUUCAGACUCUGAAGACUCAGACACGGAGGAAUAUGAGCGAGUCAAGGACAUGAUCAACCCAGUUACCGGCCGCUAUGAGCCCCCUCGACCAUCACCACUUGACGGAAUGACAGAUGAGCAGAAGGAACAUGAGGCCAUGAAACUAGUCAAUGUGUUGGAUAAACUCACCAGAAACAACAUCAUCCAGCCUUGCCGCAUAGGUGAUGAUGGAAAGCCACACCCAGUGGAGAGUGUCAUGGAACUGCAAGAAGGGUUGGGAGUCCUGCCAACAGGAGACCACAACAACGACUCCGACGAUCACAAUAACGAUUCUGACUAAGGUUGCACUGCUUCCAAAUACUGGCCUAGUGACUGGCUGUCUUUUUAAAAUUUAUUAUUAUUUUUUUUCUCUCUCACUUCAGUCUCAGUAAUUCUCUUUUUUAUUACUUAUAAUAGGUCUGGAGUGUAUAAAUCCUAUAUUUUUAAAGUUUAUUUCAAUUUAGCAGAUUGUGGCAGUUUAGGGCACCUUGUUCAUAGUUCUCGUGGGCAAAGUGGUUCAAUGAAAAUGCAGUAUUGCAUUAUUUGUUGGUAUAAAGUGAUGUGAACAGGCUUGUUUUUAAAAAGAAUGUUCAAAUGCAAACAGACAAAAUAUCUAUAUGGUAGUGUUUUCAUUAAUGCAUUUGUCAGUCUCUUUGUAUUGUAUGAAAGAUGGAGGAAAAGAAUAUAUUGUAAAUAAUCUGUCUUGUACAACUGAGGUAUCUUAAUAUGAAUUAUAAAUGAAAUCUAAAUGGAAUUAGACAGAUUUUUAUAAAUUUCUAGUUGAGAAUGAUAUAUAUGUUAUUUUUUCUAUAUAUUAAUGAAAGAUAAUAAUAUCAGUACUUCUGUAGGCUACUGACUAGUUUCCAUACUGCAGAUAGCAUCAUUUAUAAAGUAGGGAUGCAGAAUGAAAGCAAAGUUAUAGAAAGAAAGUAUUACGAAAAUAUGUUUCUGUAUGUAAGGUGAUGAAGAUAAUUUUUUUUGACUAGCAAUAUAUCAAGAUCGGAGGAACUUCAUUAUUCAUAUUCUUCAUUUUGAACUAUAUAUGGUGAAGGACCUUGAAGGACAUGAAUUAUUAGGUCCAGUUGUAGAGGCAAAGAUUAUAUCUAUGUGAUAAGACUUAACAAUAUGAGUGUAGUGCUUAUAUUAUUUCAGAUAUUUUGUUUUGAGACUUCCCAGUUCUUUGAUGAUGAUAAACAUUUUACUUAGGUGUUAUUUAUUUAUCUAUUUAUUUAUUUUUUUUUACUUCACACAGAGAUGGUUGUUUUGGAGCUUCCAUGAAAAUCCCUUCUUAAUCCUUUUACUGCUUACUUCGACUUCACUGAUGCAUUAAAGGAAUUGAAUAUAUAUGGGUUAACAGAGUAUAAAUGUAUAAAUUAGCAGAAGAAACAGAGAUAUAUGUGUGUGGGAGAACAUACAUUAGCCAUAUAAUUGGAUGUUAAUUCUUACCGACAUUGGAAGUUGUGGGAAUAGCGUGUGUUUGAGAUCUCAGCAGAUUUUAGACUCAGGAGCAUUUAUGGGGAGGUACAUUUAAAGGGCUUGAGAGCAGCUGAUAGAAUAUUUGAGGAAGUAGAACUCAAGCAGCAAAAGGGUGAAGGCUGAGAUUACUCUGACUUCUUAUCUAAUGCCUAUUCUCUUAUCUGUAUCUGUAGCUGUAUUUGAUCUUCAUUUGAUAAGUCACUCAUCCAGCCAUCCUGAUGUUACCUACAGACUUCAGGGUUUUAGAUAUGGGAACAGCAGCAAUCAGAAGGCAUGAUCUAGUAGAUGUUUUGCUCUUGCAAAUUUCUGCUUUUGCAAAAUGGGUCAAAGCAUUUCAACAUGUGUACGUACACUGCUGGCUGUAUAUGCUCAUGUUAUAUGUAAAUGUUAAGAAAUAGUAUUUGCAGAAAAGUCAUUGCAGUCUGCAACGACGCUGCCGAUGUUAUUUUAUCAUGGUACGUCGACAUAUUACAGCAGCUGCCAAGCAUGAGACUUUGAUGUGUCUCCUUGUCACUGCCAUUUGUGAUCUACACAAUAACAAAAACAAAAAACAAAAAAAGUCCUUUGAAAUUGCAGAAGAACAAAUGUAGAUAGAUGGAAGCUUGAACAAGGCCAAGUAUCUUUCUGUGGUUGUUGUAUGUCACAAGAAUUAUAAGGAAAAAGAAACGGCUUUGGGUGUUCAGAAAAUGCAAAAAAAGAAACUUUUCUUCUUACAGCAUAAAGUGCUACUUCCUUGUCAAUUUUUAUCCAGGUUUCAUUAGUUCUUAUCAAUAAUGUAUGUAAUGAUUUUUUUCUUCUAAUUUUAUUUUUUGAUAGAAAAAAAAAAAAAUUGUAAUUUAUUUCAUGUACUGUACUAUUUUUUAAAACUCAGGCAGAGAGGUUGGUGAUGAUACACCAAAUGCAAAAUGUUUGAAUAACAUUAUUGGAUUCUGUGUAAUUAUCAUCACUUACCUGUCAAUAAUGAAAUAAAUGUCAUACACAGCC